AUGUCGACCUACUUUGAGGUUGUUGAUGAUGAUGAUGACGAGUUCGACAUCGAUGUAUUCAACAACAACAAUUGUAACAUUACAGGAGGCAACUCAUUCAUUAUGAGUAGUGAUAUGGAUGAUGUCCAGUUGGCAGAUCUUACAGACAAUCAAUAUCUUACUGUAAAGGAUCAUCCACUCAAAGGUCGUUCAGUGUUUGCCAAACAGUUCAUACCAAGAGGUACCCUACUACUCAAGGAUGUACCAUAUGUAUCAAUUGUCGACGAUAGAUACAAGAGGAAUAUAUGUAAUAGUUGCUUCAAGUUCUUCAAUGAAUCAAACAGACAGAAUAUAGUUGGUUGUCCUGGAUGCGGUGAUAUAUACUACUGCUCAACAUUCUGUCAACUCUCAUCGGUCAAGGAAACAAAGCAUACUGAUUUGGAAUGUCGUUGGAUAUAUACAUUCUCGAGAACUUACAAACAACAACUACUGGAUGAUGACAGGAAUAUAGUGCUGGUCAUACUUAGGAUACUGGCUCGACGCCACAAUGCUCAUCUCUCAAUGGACUUCACCACGAAUCAAGUCCAAACACAAGACCAGGCGCACGACCAUGGAGCGAUCCCAUUGCCAUCCGAUGUCUGUGAUUUAGUCGAUCAUAUCGAUGAGUAUUUUGGAGUUGCACUCAAGGAUCCAGCCAGUCAGAAUGGGAAACAACAGGAAUGGAUCGUGAAGGAUGUUAUUGUGAGCAAGGAGAAUGGUGGCGUGUCAAUUGGUGACCAGUUGGAGUUUGAAAAGGAUCAUGUACUCAACUGGCAACAUGACUUUACCAAGUUGCUGACACUGUCCAGGAUCAUACAGCAUAUUAUCAAACCACGUGGACACUCCACAAACGAUCGAGAUAACAAUAGUACACAUUGCGAUCAAGUGCGUGACUCACUGGAAGUGAUUACCAGCACCGACUACAACUUACUCAAACUACUGGGCAAGGUACGAGCCAACUACUUUGGUCUUUGGAAUCACAGCGAGGAUCAACUCUGUCACUGGGCUGGCGCGGCAGUCUACCUCAGACUGUCCUUAUUCAAUCAUUCAUGCUUCCCCAAUUGCACCACAUUGCUACUCUCGGACGAGGACUUUGCCCGACUCAUUGGACAUGGCCGCGGCCACGAUGAACCAUCCUAUGAACGAACCAACCCUCUAACAUUCAACAUUAUCGCAAUGAGGGAUAUCGAAGCGGACAGCGAGUGUCUGAUCACAUACAUCCCACUUGAUCAAAAGGCGGCCGAGCGUAGGAAUCACCUCAAGUCAAUGUGGCUAUUCGAUUGUGAUUGUCAACGAUGCGCUGAAGAGUUGCAAGGCAAGACUGCACUGGAGACAGAGUACAAGCGAUACUGUUGUCCAAAGAUGACAUGUGGCGGUGGUAUGCUAAUACCAGACAUUCAAUCAACAGCCUCAAUCCCAACAGGAACAUGUAGAGCAACUACCAAUAUGAUCGGAACAUUUUGGACCAGAUAUCUCCGCGGUGACAUCGUUGCGUCUAAUGGAUGUACCGUUGGUAGUGGUGCAGGUGGCGCCACUGUUGGCCUUGUGUGA